AUGCUUUUGGAUAAAGAUAAGGUCGUGGGCGGGAUCCGUCAGAAGGCAUACGCCCAACAAACCAUUUCCGCUUGGCAACCGGUCGUCCGCCCUACAAUCAUCAUCUCCGCCAUAGCCGUGCUCUCUGCCCUCUGCAUUGGUCUAG